GAUGAGGAUGAAGACGAGGGGCAUUUUACUUCUUGGCAUGACCUAAGGUCAUUAUCUAGUCCACCAACUUUACAACAGAUGUCCUCUCUUUCUCCACAAGGUUCUCCACGUUUUUCACGUUACGAGUCCACUCGCCAAGGAUAUGGAGCACACAGACAGACACCAGAGCUGCAAGGUGGCCGUGGGAGCCCUUUUAACAGACGAGAUACCUCCAGUGAUCACUCAGACUAUCGUCUACCAGCCCUGGCCGUAAGCCCUGGGAGAGCUCCUCCAGCUGUGUUAGAUGACGUGGGGAGGAUGGCGACAACCUCACCAGGCGCAACUACCAGUGGGCGUGAGGAUGAGGAGGAGGAAGAGGGUGCUGCUGGAGGAAUAACCCCUCCAGAAGGUCGGUCAACUUCAGCAGAAGCAUACCAGCCAAGAACAACUAGCUUGAUGGACCACUUGAAUUUGGCCCUGAUGGCACUUCAUGACCUUCACCUAGAAGUAACACACAGUCACAGGGAUGGUUCACACAACGCAGGUUGCUCUGGCAACCCUGAAAGCAAACGGUCAAGUAAUCCUGAAACUCUACGCAGGAUAACAGAAAGACUGUUAGAGGAAGAGUCUGAUGAAGAGGAUGAGGAUGUGUGUCGCAUCUGCCAGUGUAAGGGAACGUCCCCCACCAACCCCCUCCUCUCCCCCUGCCAGUGUUCUGGCAGUCUGCAGUACAUCCACCAUGACUGCCUGAAGCGCUGGAUCCAGACCAAAAUAAAGUCAGGUGCUGAGCUCUCAGGGGUGAAGACCUGUGAGCUUUGUAAAGGGAGUCUGACUCUGGAUUUGGAUGAUUUUGAUGUGGAGGAGUAUUACUGCCAACACAGAUCCACUCAGAUCAGGCAGGACACUCCUCAGCUGUUUCUGCUGUUGCUGCUGCAGCAAAGAUUUUCAGAGCUACUGCAGCUGACUCAGACAGACAGGACCACCAUAUCCAGGAUCGCUGCCAGGCUCUGUCUUCUCCAGCGAGCUGCAGGGCCACACAGCUUUGGAGUCGAGGGCUCGACCUCCAGCCCAGAGAGCGCAAGUCAGGCGGUGAGGCCAGAGGGCAGCAACCCCGACAACAGGACUGACCACUGACCCAAAAUCGUCUAUAAACUGUCUGAGGAUCCACCUGACCGCAGACAGCAGCUCCUACUGAUUCAUUCAUGUAAUAAAAUGAUAAAACAAUGAGACGAACAGAGAUAAAGAAUUUUACAGUUUACUAGAUGAAGGAUACAA